AUGCCAUUGUUGAAGACCGCCUCGGCAUCAUUUCCACCGUCUCUCGCUGGUAACAGAGAUGUAUAUACCUCACCACUCAGCAAAUUUUGCCUUGUCGUUGAAAUUGAACUGGUCAAAAUGAUCAUCGCAGCAGGCUUUGCAAAUGAUUACAAAAAGACCUCUGAGGCUUUGGCCAAUGACGAUUUCAAAUCGUUACGACUUUAUGAUGCAUUGGCUACCCCAUACUUCUUUACAGAACCGAGCGAGCGAUCGAGCGUCCAUAUCGAAAUCCUCAACCAAGAGAGAAUGCUUGAGCAGCUCUUCGAACAAAAUUUGCCCAACCCGACGAAAACGCUACAACGAGAAGUGCAGUGUCGCUGGGAACAGGAGGCUGGAGGUAACAUCGCCUCUCUCGGAAAGCCAUCGCCAACAAAACUAAGUGUUGUACCUAGCUUGCGACGACAUAUCGACUGUGAUUUGGAGGACAGCUUUGAAGAUAUCUUGCAGCAGAAGGGUGGGCGAUGGAAAUUGAGGAAAGGUGUCGUAUCCAUGUAUUGUCCAAAAGUCAGCCUGUAUGGCCAAGAAUUCAAAGAUUCCAAUGUUCGAUCCGCAUGA